UGGGAUCGUGGGAAGUUGACUAUCGUGCUUGUUUGGAGGAGAAGUUUAUGGAUUUAAUUUGUUGCUCAAAAUCAUAUCAGCUUCCUGUCGAGGGAGAUUUAAAAUGGUUUUCGUCUGUAGCAAUUAGCAAACACAUAAGUCAUAACUUGCAAUAAUUUUAACUCAUCAGUCUUUAUAUUAAAUGAUCAGUUGCACGUUAAAAUGGAACACUCUUGUGGGUAACCUCAAUUUUACUUAGUGUAGAAUUAAGUCUUAAUAGGUGCAAGUAUUGGCUUCUUGAAGAGGCUAUUAUCUUCCCUAUCAGAGUUAGAACUACCGCAUCAUCCAUGCUUUUAUGGCUCAAUUCAUAUGCAGGUAGAGGAUGAAUAUGUUGACCUCCAUAGGUUUCAGGCCUGAUGGACCGACGGUAGAGCACAAUGCUACAUGACAUCAAUAGCCUGAGUUUCCCAAAUGUCCCCACAGGGUAGGAAACAAUUAGCAAGAACUAAUUAGCGAUGCCGACGACAAUAACUCGUGCCGUUGUAGUUUGGUUGAAUGAGCAGAGGCACAAAUCGGUACUCUAUGUCCCUUUCGAGAGCACAGUUAGAUUUCCAGAGGGCCAACUCACUGAAAUCACGAAAGCUCUAGCGGGUUUGAGUGUUCCUUUCAUUUGGGUAGUGAGGAAGGACCAAUCAGCACAAACCACGUGCUUGCAGGAUGGUUUUGAUGGAAGGAAAAAGGGUUUGAUUAUUAGAGGGUGGAAGCCACAGCUGACCAUCUUGGAACAUUUAGCCAUUAAGGGAUUCAUGACUCACUGUGGUUGGAAUUCAGUACUCGAAGCCAUUGUGGCAGGCGUGUCAUUGCGGACGUGGCCAGUGUUCGCAGAGCAAUUCUACAACGAGAAGCUUGUGGAGGUUGUGGGGUUGGGAGUCAAAGUGGGGCAGGAAGUAUGUAACUCGGGAGGUGUUGAGGUCUUGAGCCCUGUAUUAAGGAGUGAAAAGAUCAAAGAAGCAAUACAGCGAUUAAUGAAUGAUGCGGAAGGAAGUCGGAAAAUUAGGGAGAAAGCAAUGGAUAUGAGUAAGAUGGCUUAAAAUGCAAUCAAUGAAGGUGGAUCUUCAUGGAACAAUCUCACAGCGCUCAUUGACGUUACCAAGAAUUUUACUUACUCCAUCAUCAACGACGAGUAUGGCUUAACAACUUAAAUAUUGUAGUAGAAGAAGGUGCUAGUUGAUUCCUCUUAAUUUUAAUCUCUUUCAUAAUUUUCCAAGGUUGUUGAUCACUCUUAUUGCUAGACUAAAAUUUGAAGAAGUUUUUUGAAGCACAACGUCACAACAAAGAAUUUUAAGUUACCAUUAUGUUUGUCAAUGCAUUUUGCCAAGUGAGGCCUAGUUCAAUUUGUAGUGGCUUAUCAACAUUAAGAGGUAUUUCUAUGGUACUAAGCGAGUAACAUAGCACUAUUCAUGCAUAUAUAAGCCAUGGAAAUUGCGCAAGUAGAGCCCAUAUUAGAGCUAGAGGGGUACUCUUCGUUGGGCUUGAAGUCUGACGUUCAUCUAACCAGGUGGGGGUAGAUGCCUUCUUGGCUUUAAAAUUUGGGGCAUGGCGGUUAAAUAGUUAAGGAUAUGGUGUAUGGAUCACUCAUAUGAAGGAGAGAU